AUGUCAGAAAUCACUCAAAGACGCACAGGGGGGGCAGGCGGUUCAACCGCCCAAGGCCACAAGACAAGCGCAGCCCAAGGACGGCCACAGCCGAAGAACGGUAGCAGUCAUGCGUUCAAGGAGCUCGUUGCCCUGCUGACUUUGACCAGGGUUGUUUUGGCUCGCCCUUUGGAGACGGCUCGAUUGGUUUUCUUGCUCAUCCAUCAGUUUGCACAGCAGGUCUACGGAUCGGCAUUUCGGCCGGAUCGCGAUAUAACAGACCAGUCCGAUAGAGUCAUUUUGAUUACAGGAGGAAACACAGGCCUUGGAAAAGAAACGGUCCUGGAGCUAGCGAAACACCAACCCGCAAGGAUAUAUAUAGGUGCUCGAAAUGAGCAAAAGGCCCGUAAAGCAAUGGAGGAUAUCCAGUCACGGCUAAAACAGACUGUGGACAUCCGAUAUCUACCCCUUGAUCUGUCGUCGUUUGAGUCUAUCCGGGAAGCAGCCAAAUUAUUUACCGGAGAAUCUGAGCGCCUUGAUACUCUCAUCCUCAAUGCUGGAGUGAUGGGCUUGGAACCCUACCGCACCAAGGACGGAUAUGAGGUGCAGUUCGGUACAAACUACUUGGGCCAUUUCCUCCUGACGUCACUAUUGCUACCUACGCUCCGGAAAACAGCAUCCCAACCUGGUUCUGAUGUUCGAGUUCUGUCCAUCUCGUCUGCAGCUUGGCAGAUGGCCCCUUCCUCGCCAUCGAGGCUGCUCUCACUCAUGACUUCUACCGAUGACCUGCUGGCAUGUAACAGAUGGACUAGAUACGGGAUUUCAAAGGCUGGAAAUAUCCUGCUCGCAUCGGAGCUAGCCAGACGGUACCCGGAAAUUACGAGCGUCUCGAUUCAUCCCGGUGUUAUUUUGACAGCCUUGUACGAACAGGGAAGGGCAUCCAGUAUUGCACUUAAAUAUGGCCUUGCUUUACUUGUUCCAUUCGCUUCCAGUGAAAAGAAUGGGGCGAAGAACCAUCUAUGGGCCGCCGGGUGUGCUAGGAGCCAACUGCGCAAUGGCGAGUACUACUCUCCCGUGGGAAUCCCGGACUGGAAGAACGACCUUGUUCACGACAAGGACACUGCACGGCGUCUGUGGGAGUGGUCGGAACAGCAUGUCACGAACAACUAG